AGAGAGAGAGAGAAAGAGAGGGAGAGAGAGAGAGCAAGAGCGCGAGACUCACACACUCUCAUAGUAAAGCAGAGACAGACGAGCCGUACAAUAGGUACACUACACAUUUAGCGCGUGAGUUGCACCGAUCUGAGUGGGUCAGUCAUACAUAUUUACAUUUUUAGGACUCAAACGCACACCUUUGGAACUCUUGGUACUGAAACCUACAGAUAUGCAUCACUUCAAUGGAUUACAAGGUGUUUCGCGCUUUCCAAAGUGACAUGGAAAUCCGCUGUGGACUCUUCUGAUUUCUUCCGUUCAGUUCACAUUCAUUCAACUCGCCGUGCCCGCGCACUGAACAUGGAGGCGCCUUCUAGCUUUCAGCCUCAUCCAGGACUUCAGCAAACUCUGAAGCAGUUUCACCUGAGCUCCAUGAACUCCCUCGGCGGACCGGCAGCCUUCUCGGCCCGGUGGCAGCAGGAGAUGCUUUUUAAGAAAGAUGGAAAAGGCGCGGAGAUGAUCGUGAACCUCCCGGCGCAGACGCCUCCGGUCAUGCCGGGUCCACUGUUCAUCCCGUCCGACCGCUCCACCGAAAGGUGCGAGACGGUCCUGGAGCGCGAGACCAUCUCGUGCUUCGUGGUGGGCGGCGAGAAGCGUCUCUGCCUGCCGCAGAUCCUCAACAGCGUCCUACGGGACUUUUCCCUACAGCAAAUUAACUCGGUGUGCGACGACCUGCACAUCUACUGCUCCAGGUGCACGUCCGAUCAACUAGAGAUCCUCAAAGUUAUGGGAAUCCUGCCCUUCUCUGCACCCUCGUGUGGACUCAUCACCCAAACAGACGCCGAGCGGCUCUGCAACGCCCUCAUUUACGGCGGUACGUUUCCUCCACACGCCGAUAAAGAGUUGGAGCUGGAGAGGACGGAGAAAAGCUUCAAAGUUUAUCAUGAAUGUUUUGGGAAGUGCAAGGGCUUAUUCGUGCCAGAGCUGUACACGAACCCCGGGUCGGCUUGCAUACAGUGCUUGGACUGCAGGCUGAUGUUCCCGACCCAUAAGUUCGUGGUUCACAGUCAUAAAAGGUUAGAGAACAGAACCUGUCACUGGGGUUUCGACUCGUCUAACUGGAGGGCUUAUGUGCUUUUGGAUCAAGACUACAGUGACAAAGAGGAGAUCAAUGCACUGCAGGGGCUUCUCAAUGAAUUAAAGGCAAAAUUUGACUUGGGUAACAAGCACAAGACCUCUUAUAAGGCGUACAGUCCCAUUCCUUCCAAAAAGUCGAAACAUGACCGGUCAAGAUCCCCAUCGUUGGAUACAGAGAAGCAGGCUGAUUGGCUUCAGUCUCUGGCAUCAUCUGCAAAUAAGGAUCUUAAGCAGUUCCAGUUUAAGCAGAGACCUUCUGCCUUCAGACCAUGGUCCCCCAGAGUUUCCGCUGUUGAGAAAGAAACACCUGGACACAAGUAUGGAAGUUUGCUCGCUAAAGGACAAGACGGCCCGAUGGUACCAAAUGUAUCUCUUCCCAUAACCCCAGUUAAAAAUAAUGAGCCGCUGCACCGUUUCCCUCAUCCCAGUGAGAGCCACAACACGGGCAAGAUGGAAAAUUCGAGGCCAAGAAAGAGGUGGCCAUCUGCAGACAUACAAUCACCACCGCUGGCCAAAGUUUCUCUGCCUACACCGACUGUCAAACAGCGAACUCAGGAGAAAGAAGAUUCGGAUGCAGAAAUUGAGGUUGACAAAUGUGAUGAAGCUCCUGUGUCCCGUCUCUUAAUGAGUCCUCACUAUACCAAUGGAGCAGGGAUAUUAAACCUCAGCUGUCACAGCCCUGCAGAGAUGCAUGAUGGGAAGCUGAGACCUGGAGCGGCUCCUUGCUCUGAGCUGGAAGUCCUGAAGCAGACGCUGUGCGGUGACCUCACCUCUAAAGAGUCCAGAGAGAGGUUUCUACAGGACAUUAUCCGCAUGAGAGUGAAGCAAGAGGAGAAACUAGCCGCUGCUCUGCAAGCCAAACGCAGCCUUCAGCAGGAGCUGGAAUUUGUCAGGGUCACCAAGAAGGGCCGACUUAGAGAGGCAAUCGAAGCCAAGCGUAACCUGAGGAAAGAGAUUGAGCGCCUCCGUGUGGAGUGUGAGAAGAAGGUGCGAGACGCCAAUGAGUCCUGUGGGAGACUGAAGAGAGAGCUGGACAGAGAGAGACAAAUCCGUGUGUGCGAUAAGGGCUGCGAGGCAGGACGCAUGAGGGCCAAAUAUUCCACACAGAUUGAAGACCUGCAGGUGAAGCUCCAGCAAGCAGAAGUGGACCGCGACCAACUGAGAGAAGAUCUACUGAAAGAGCGAGAGGCCAGGCAGAACCUAGAGAGGGUUGUCAAAGAACUACAGGAGCAACUGGGCCACAAAGCAGAGAUGGAGGAACCCGCCAUCCUAAAGUCACCUGAAAAAGAAUAUAAAGAAAUGAGAGAAGAUGUGUCUUAAACGUUAUAUGGCUACUUUCAUUUAGAGGACCCCUCUAAAGCCAACGAAAAUGUACGGGAGCAAAGGAGAACGAUCACAAAACAAGUAUAUUACAUUGUACGUUUACCAAUGGAAACUUUAUCAGACAAACAUGAACAGAAGUGACUGAAAAGACUGUCGAGAUGAGAGGAGGAAGUUCAGAGAUGUUGGCGUCACAUGGAACUGACUCAUCUUCGGUUAGCCUCGUAAGCUAACCGAAGAGAUUUAUUUUGUUAUAAGCUAUUUAAUUUUUUUGUAAAGAUACUUGAAAAUAUUUGGGAAACGAAAGUGUUUUCCAUCACGUUACAUUGACAGCAGCAGAUGAAAAAUCUGCUAGAUCCACUGAUACUCCACAAAGUGUUACCAGAAUUAUACAUUAUACAGUAGUACGCAGAUGUUAUCAUUACAAUGAUUCAGUCACUUUUAUUUUGCUUUUUUGCCGUUGUAUUGAAAUAGUUUGCAUGAGCAACAGUGCUGUGGUGCUGCGGAGCUUUAUUAUAAACCUACAAUCAAAUUCGCUUUAAUCUUUGCAUUUUUUUUAUUAAACCCUAUAGUAUUGACAGUGAUCAAUAUAAACGCAACUUCACCCUCUGUCCUAAACUUCAGUAUCUUAUGCAAGUAUUAAUUUUCAGCUUUUGCUGUAUUAAGCAGUCAGUAUAGGACAUAACAAAAGUUGUUAUUGGCAUGAAUGUACUCCAUGCUCAGUUUCAUUUUUAUUGAAUGUUUUUGUUGAGUAUAUCAGUAUCAGAAUUAGUGAAUGCUCCGAUGACAAACAUCCAUUUUAGGUCACUGGUUUUAGCUCUCACUAAAAGAUAGAAAAAAACGGUGUUUAAUAAAAAAUAACGUUUCUACUUAUAUAGAAAAUAAGGAUAUAUAUUUUUUUACUUUUUACCAAAAAGAAAUUGCACUUUUAUGAUAAUUGUACUGUGUAUUUGAAGCCCUCUAAUGUUUUUAAGAUCUCAGACACCAAGUAUUGAAUAAAUAAGUUUUCAUGCAUUUGUUACAGAUGUGAAUACCACUUAAAGAUAAAAAGAUUAUGUAAAUAAGCUUGCUUUACACUUUACCCUAAAUGCUUUUGCUUCAAACCAAUAGACUGUAUGUAUGAAAUAAAUAAAUUUCUCCUAUCAUAUUUUCAGCUAUAGAGGGCAUUUACUGUAUAGGAAUUCUUAUGUAAUAUUAACAAAAAACAUUAUAUUUCUGAAUAAUUUCAUCCUCUUUGAAAAUCACUUUAUAUAAUUACCAAAGUUUCACAUUUGGAGGUUUCUGUCAGAUGUUUCCAGAUAAAUGAUGAACUGUAAAGAGUAUUUGAUGAAUUUCUAUUAUGAUCUUUUAUCUCCAUUACCCCUAUGUUGAAUAAAAACCUGCAGUAAUACAUAUGCUAACCUCUCCAUCGCUGUAUUUAUUCUGGGUGAAUUCCCCAUUUAUAUAAGAGAUCUGUAUGCUUGCCUAUUCCAGUUUUUAACCUCUUGAUGUUUUAAUGCUACACAGUAGAUAUACGCAUUGUGGUCAAGGGUCUUGUCAUAGUUUUGGUUUUGAUGUGGGUCAUUUUCUAAACUUGUUUUAAUGUUCCCCCCACAUAUAAUAACAUCAUUAAACAGAAUCAACCCUU